UCUAUGAACUAGUCAUUCAUACGACUGCCCAAACCAAACAGUAACAUUCAGCGAUUACAAACCGAAACAUUUAUCAGUUGAACGAGAACAAUGUCUGUGCGAGGUUUGAAAGCAGUGCUCACAAUUUUAGCAGAGAAAUCGGAAGUUACAAGUGAACAAUUUGAAAACAAUGAAGUGGCAGAAUCUUUGUUUCUUCUCCCGCAGGAAGAGUUCUACAAAGAUAUUGACAUCGACCGUUUGAAGACAGGAAUCGAUAAACUAGUUAUCCUGAAGAAAGAGUUACUAAAUCACCCUGAAUAUAAGUACGUACAAUUAAUUUACAAAGUUUUGCUGGUUGUUUUCUCUAAUACCACCCAAAAGGAAAGGCAGUACGAUUUGGAAGACCUACUGGAUCAUUUUCACGAUGCUUUGAGAGAAAAAUUACUGAAAUCUACCGACUCAGUUCCGAUUAUGUCGAAGCUGGCAUACCACAAACUUAUUCGUAAGUGUCUUCCUUUGAUUAAACUGGAACUCGUUCAGAAACUGCUGAAAAAAUACCUUGCAGCAAAAGUGCAAUAUGCUUCUGGUCUGAAGAUUGCAAUUGGAGAGUUGUAUGAAUGUGUCUGCUUUACGAGAAUCCUACGCGAGGAGUGCUAUGUUAUCGCAAAGAAGAAACUAGGUACCAGUGACUUCGACCUAAAAAAAAUCGAUCUACUUGAUAUGGACGAAAGAGGUGGAUCGCUGGGCUCAUACGCUAAACUGAAGAUAUUUGUGGAACAUGCAGGAAAACCUACAGUUCUACAGUUUUUCGCCAAAUUUGUGCUAGAGCAAGGGGAAGUGUUGAGAAUGAUGAGUGAAGGAGGAUUCAAGAAAGAAGUGUUCAUGUACACAGUCUUUGUCCCCCUUCUGAAAGACAUGGGUCUGGAAAACCUCGUCGACUUCCUCCCAGUAUGUUAUUUGGUUAGACCCGAUGAAAUGAUCCUACUAGAUGAUUUAUCCUACCAAGGUUACUCGUCUUUGGAUGUGAGUAACAGUUUCCAUCAUGACCAUCUGCUGAAAUCAAUAACACCAUUAGCCAAACUUCACGCAACCAGUUUGGUGUUCGAGAAAAAAUUAUCAGACUUCCUUGAAACAACAACCACGAUUGAUGAAUACUACAAAGAGUACCUGGAAGAAAUAUUUUACAUGACCGGUAAUGGUUUCGAAAGUCUUGUGCAAUGUUUCGUGAAAUAUUUCUUGGAAAAGUUUCCAGAUAUCCCAAAGAAAUUGACUGCGGAGGUGAUGAAAGAGAAAAUUGAUGUGCAAAUCAAUAAAUGGUUCAAUGCUGUGAAAAAUUCGGAGUAUCCAAAAGUUUUAUGUCACGGCGAUACUUGGUGCAACAAUAUUAUGUUCCAACACGACGGAAGNUGA